GUCUAGUUCCUGUUUAUUGUAAUAAUUAUAUUUCCCUUAUAUUUAUUAUAUCUCUUAAACUCUAAGCCUCACUUCCGGCACUCUAUUCGACUACCGACUUCAUACUUAUUAUAUGGUGGAGUAGCUGCUCUUUUCCUGCGCCGCUGCCUAUAUCUAACUAUCUAACUAUCUCUGAUCUCUAACUCUCUGUAUUUACCUUAUACAUCGCUCUCUCAGUCCCCAUAUGACUACUCCUAUUCUUACUCCUACUCCUGUUCCUGCAGAUCCGCUUGCAACCAAUCAAGACGUCCAUGCAUUCGCAUCCAUGAUGGCCGAACAACGUGUCAAUAAUACCGCACUUGUUCCUCCUUUCCAACCCGGCCAAGAUAUUACUGCUUGGAUCAAACAAUUCCAUCUGGCUCCUAAAGCUCUUGGUAUGAACAAUGAAGGAAGCCGUAACAUGCAAUUGUUGAAAUAUUUACCUCAAGAAGCCAUCGACUGGUUGUUACGCGUUGCCAACUUGACUAGCGCUAAGGAUGUUCGUUCUAAGCUUGAAAGUGUCUAUGGUAUCGACCCUCUGCUACAAAAGACAUUGUGCCGUCGAAAGCUUGAAGCUCUUAAACAAGGUUCCCGCCGCGUAGCUGAAUACCGCAUGAACUUUGAAACCAUUGUUGAGGACUUCCCUGAAUCUCACACUGUACCAGAUGAUGUCUUAAGACAUAUUUUUUUUUGCCAAUCUUCGAGUUGAACUCCGUAACGCGUUGAUGUCUAUAAUUGCACCGGAAGAUACUUGGAAGACUCUGGCUACUGCCGCUGCUAUUCGUGAAUCUGUCCUACAUCUUGGUAACGAUCAUUUUCUCGGAGCUCCACAUUUCACCGCUCCUGCUGAAACUGGCCCUUCGGAACCCACGCCUAUGAAUAUCGAUGCCAUCCAACAUCAACGCCGUACCAACCAGGGUAAAGAUCAAGACCCAAUGCGUCGUUGGGCUGAGGAUGGUCAACCUAUUUGUGGCCAUUGCAACGCUAUUGGUCAUUUAACCAAGAAAUGCCGAUCCCAAAGUAACA